GCACUGUCAGUCCAGUUGUGCGCUCUCGCUGGAGAGGCUUUUUGUUGGGAAGUUUCUGGGAGUGAGUCAACACGGCACACAGGGAGGGACGCCUCCCAGCCCCGCCGCUGAAUCCAAAGCUGGGCUCCUCCGAGGACACAGGACACACAGACAACUUCACAUCGACCUCUUCACAACAACUGGGGAUUUAGUUUUUCAGCUUUCGCACACCGGGGAUGGUGAUUGUCUUUUUGACGCGGGUUUUUCCUCAUUGGAAUUAACGCAGCGGAGGUGAAAUGAAAGUAACUGUGUGUUUCGGGAGGACCCGGGUGGUCGUUCCGUGUGGCGAUGGGAAUAUACAAGUCCACAGCCUUAUCGAACAAGCUGCCAUGAGGUAUAAGAAGGCGAUCGCUAAGGACCCCAGCUACUGGGUCCAGGUCCACAGGUUGGAACAUGGAGAUGGAGGUAUUUUGGACCUGGAUGACAUGCUGUGCGAUGUGGUGGAUGACAAAGAUAGGCUGGUAGCAGUAUAUGAAGAGCAGGAUCCUCACAAUGGAGGCGACGGUACCAGUGCCAGCUCCACCGGUACGCAGAGUCCCGAACCCUUCACCAGUGACAUGAGCUCAGCAUCGGCCUUUCAGCCCUAUCAGCCCAACAGUGAGAUCGAGGUCACCCCGUCCGCUCUGCGAUCCAACAUGCCCCUCCAUGUCCGUCGCACCAGUGAUCCCUCCCUGGCCGGCCUUCCUACGGGCGAAGUCCCGGGUGGUCCAGAAGCACCGUCCAGAAAGAACCCAACCCGCUGGUCCACAACUGUUGGCUUCCAAAAGCACAAGCACAAACCAAACACAAGCGCUGGCACCGGCAGCCUGGAACGAAAGGGUAGGGGAGGCCAGGCCUAUCGGAGUCUUCCACGUGAUGCGAGUGGCUGGACCACUCAGUUCCAGAGGGAAAUGACUCGAUCAUCCCUGAGCGCCAACCAUCCAAUGGUGGACCGAUGGCUUGACAGGCAGGAACAGGAGGAGGAGGACGAAGAACGAAGGAGACAAGAAAGGAGGAUUGAAAGGAUUGAGCCAAUAGGGAGGGCCGAUUCCUCAUUGGAAUAUUCUCCUGCGUUGAGUCUAGAAUCCCUGCUCAAACCAGUAACGGUGUCCAAUGGAGGAGGGCCCCUCGGGAUCCACGUUGUGCCUCUCAGUUCGCAGGAUGUCAGGACUCAGGGCUUGCUGGUGAAGCGACUGGAGCGUGGGGGCAAAGCUGAGCAGGAGCGUCUCUUCCAGGAGAACGACUGUAUUGUCAAAAUUAAUCAGGGAGACAUUCGUAACCUGCGCUUCGAACAAGCCCAACACAUUUUCAAGAAGGCGAUGUGUGGGCCCGUCAUCCUUUUUCACGUGGUCCCCGCUGCCAUGAAGAGACAGUACGAGCUGCUGUCGGCCCGGAGCGAGCUCAGCCCGCCCCAGUCCAACAGAGUCCAAUUUGGCCCAGACUCUCAGCGCUCGCGGGACAAGUCCAGUUUGGUGGUGGGGUUGACUCCCAGAGCUGGACCACAGCCAGGCCUCAACCACGACCACCAAGGACCCCUGGCAGGAAGCACCCCAGAGCCGAGCCGACGUUAUGCCUCGUUACCCCCCAUCUUGGUCCCCAGGACCUCCACCUCCCCCUCCCUGCAGCGCAGGGUAAGCACAAAUCCCUCCACCAACUCCUACCUGAAGAACAAAGGACGCAGAUUCAACAUCCAGCUGAAGAAAGGUCCAGAGGGUCUUGGGUUCAGCAUCACAUCCAGGGACGUCCCCAUUGGUGGCAGUGCUCCCAUUUAUGUCAAAAACAUCCUUCCUCGUGGGGCCGCCAUCCAAGAUGGCCGAUUGAAAGCUGGAGACCAGCUGCUGGAGGUUAGUGGAGUGGACCUGAAUGAUAAGAGCCAGGAAGAGGUGGUGGCCCUGCUACGAGCCACGCCCAUGGGCGAGACUGUGAACCUGUCUGUGAUUCGCCCAGAGGACUCCCAGCUGCCUCGUGAAGUGCAGCCAGAGGAAGAUGACAUGGUGUUAACCGCUGACGGAACACAAGAGUUCCUGACCUUUGAGAUCCCUCUGAACGACUCAGGCUCAGCGGGCCUGGGGGUUAGUGUCAAGGGUAACCGCUCCAAGGAGAACCACACUGACUUGGGCAUCUUUGUCAAAUCCAUUAUUAAUGGAGGUGCUGCUAGCAAGGAUGGCCGUCUACGAGUCAACGACCAGCUCAUUGCAGUCAAUGGGGAGUCAUUGCAUGGGAUGAGCAACCAGGACGCCAUGGAAACACUGCGCAUGUCCAUGUCGGUAGAGGGCAACAAGCGAGGGAUGAUUCAGCUCAUCGUGGCUCGGCACGUGUCCAAAACCAAUGAGGUAGCCCCCUGCAGUCCUCCAGUUUUAGAGCAUCCAGUGACCUCUCUACAGGACAACCAGGAGCGCCGGAUUUCCAACUCUCCAUACGAAACAAUUGAAGGCUUGCACAGCAACUCCCCACGGCUGGCUAAUAUGAUCGAUCGCACUGGUAACUACCAGCUCUCUCCCACUGUGAACAUGCCGCAGGACGACAUAGUGAUGAUCGAAGAUGAUAGGCCGCCCCUGCUACCUGUCCACCUUUCCGACCAAUCAUCCUCUAGUUCCCACGAUGACAUGGGCUUUGUGGGAGAAUACCCGGUGCCCUGGAUCCACGAGCUGCCCGGUCAGAAUGAAUGCUCGCUCAGCCCAGACGCGGACCCUGACGGUUCGUUCCUGAGGGAGGGCUUCGGCCGCCAGAGUAUGUCCGAAAAACGCACCAAACAGUAUGAAAAUGCUAAUGAUCUGGACAUCAUCAAGGCGCGAAAGUCCAAGAGCAUGGAUCUAGUAGCAGAUGAGAUUAACUGCAGCACAACAACCAAUGGAGGUUCGUCAGAGGUUGGACCCUCGCUGGGACUGAAAAAGUCCAGCUCCCUUGAAAGCCUCCAGACGGCUGUUGCCGAGGCGUCGAUGAACAGUCAGAUCAAUGUUAACAGGCCGCGCUCGCGGAUCGCUAGGGGCCGCGGCUGCAACGAGAGCUUCCGAGCUGCAAUUGACAAAUCAUACGAGAAACCUGGGGUCCCAACAGCAGAAGAAGAGAACAUCAUGGAGACAUUGGACGAGGACACGGAGGGAAGUUCCAGAUCAGGUCGCGAGUCGAUGUCCACCAGCGGCGACCUCAUUCUGGGACCUGGGCUGAACGGCAACCUCUCCAAAGAUGACAGGCAGAAAGAUCGGGACAAGGUUGGGGAGAAGGAAAAGAAGAACCCUGAAAGGGAUAAAGAGAAGGAGAAAGACAAAGACAAGAACAAAUCCAAGAAAGGCGUGCUGAAGGGCCUGGGCGAGAUGUUCAGGUUUGGAAAGCACCGGAGGGAUGAGCGGCCAGGAGACAGGAUGGAGAGAAAGGGCUCCAGUAAAUGCAAAGCUGAGGACAUGCAGGCGUCAGAGGAGGAGACCUUGCGGAUGAGGCUGGAACAAGAGAGAAUACAGGCCAAGAUGCGGGAGCUUCGGGAAAAGCAGGCUAAGGAGAGGGAAUAUGCUGAGAUCCAAGACAUUGUCGGUGGUACCUUCAGCUCAGAUGAGGAGCACACCUACGCCGGCAUCGGGUCAUUAGACUCGUCGAUGGAUAGCAGCAGCAUGGAGACUCACAACCACCACUACCAUCUCCCCCAGAGUCCCCAGAGCCCGCGCCUUCCCUUGAGCCCACAGGACAACGGCCCACCCCUGGAGGCGUUGUAUGCCCAGGUCAACAAACCUCGCAAUGGACGCCCUGCAGCUCCAGACAGCAGUCAGUUGGCUCCCAGUAACCACGACCGGAUACAAAGGCUAAGGAAUGAGUUCCAGCAGGUCAGGCAUGAGGAUGACGUCGAUGACCGUAGGCACACCUACAGCUUCAACCAGUCCUGGGUCAGCAAUGGGACGGAGACGCUGAGCGGACGCCAUUCGGUAACAGUCGAGACUCAGGUCCAGAAACAGCAGCAAGAGGACCGAGAUGGUUUCCAACAAGCACAGAGACAGUACAACUCCCUGCCACGGCAACCUCGUAAGACUCCCAGCACGGUGUCCCAGGACUCAUGGGACAAGGUGUACAUGCCAGCAGAUGGAUUCCAGACAUCAAAGGAGAACCCUGGCCACUCCAGCAGCCAGGGAUCACGUAACGGCUACCUUGGAACGUCCAACUUCAAUGCCCGUGUCCUCUUAGAGACUCAGGAGUUGCUGAGGCAGGAGCAGAGGCGCAGAGAGCAGGAGGCCAACAAGGCCAGGCCACCCGCCGCACAGGACCCCCCCAGCGGCAGCACCUACGACCACAGCAGAGAGCACCUGCAGGCCCCGGGCUCUUCUGUGGUUCAGGCCCCACCUCAGUCCAAAGGCCCCUACAGACAAGAUGUACCCCCGUCGCCUUCUCAGCUCGCAAAGCUCAGCCGGCUUCGAGGCUCAGAGAAAGGGAGGCUGUUUUACUCCUGAGACAGUGACAAGGGAUUAGGAAACUUUUGGAAGAUUAGGACUGAGUCUAAGGAGCAUUAACAUGUACAAAAUACUACGAGGGCAAUGAGUCUGUUUUUUUAAUGAAAUGUUGAGAUACAACGAUUUUUAUAGAACUGUUGAUAGCAAUGUUAAUAUUCAAAGGAAAAAAAGUUUUUUUAAUGAUAUGAACCAAUCAUUUUCAAAAAGAAAUGUUUUGAGAUGUUUUACUGUCCAGAAUCAAGAUAAUGUAACUACAGUUUGUGUGUAAGUGCCUUCUGGUUGUAGACAUCAGCCCAAUUAUUCCUGUUUUUGGCUCAUGAUCUGCAGCUUUGACCCAUCCAUCUGAGACAUUUGUAAAGCAGACAAGGCAAUUGGUUUGGGCCAUCACUGCCUCGCCACAUCUACCCCCCAUAACCCCCCAUAACCCCCCAUAACCCCGAGCACGAGCAGCACGUUCUCACUCCCAUCGUGUCAAAAAUAAGCGCCUGGUCAAGGGCCUUUGGCGUUUGUGAUUGACGCAGAAAGUGUCCGUUAGCGUCAUAUUUAACCACGUUCCGGGUCGGGACUCUUGCCGUCACUUUUUGACGCUCUUAAGACUUGCGUCUGUCUUUGUUAUCAUAUUUAGACGUGCCUGGGGACUAUGUGGUUUAACUGACAUGGGGCACAAGAACGGGGAAGUGGAGUGGAGAGUGGAGUUACAAAAAGCAUGUUUCAGAAACACGCGGGACAUAAACAGGACAUGAACCCCGGUCUCUCGGGGGAAAUGUCCUGGGUUGUUUGACCCUUACCACCACCACAACUUACAUCCUCAUGCUUAUUUUUGGGCUUUUCUUACCGUUUGUCGCUCGUUAUACUUAGUCAUCGUACAGCUGCCUAUCCUCGAUGCGUUCUAUUCAGAUGCCAAAGGGGGAUUUUUAACGCUUAGAGCCACUGACCAGGCGUCAGUAUUUUAGGAGUUGGCACAAGACACGGCGCAGGCAUGUUUUUCUACCACUGGCGAGGUCUCAGCUGACCCCACGCUUGUGUGAAUGAGGCUUAAUUUCACUCAUGGGGACUUUGUCGAGCACUUAAAAUGUUAAAGGUGAAGUAAAAAUAAUAGUGAUAACGUAAAGUAAUAAUCCAAUCUAGUUCACGUGAGUGUGCUGCAACUGUACGUGUGUGUGUGUGUGUGUGUGUGUGUGUGUGUGUGUGUGUGUGUGUGUGUGUGGACAUGUGUUUAAGCGUCUGUGAACGCUGCCAGUUACUGGAUGCUCCAAUAUGUCUAUGAAUAUGUCUUGGCAGCCAUAUGAACCACUUGGCUGCCGAGUGGGAUAAGCGCAGAGGAGUAGGAGGGAGAGGAGAUGGGAGGCCUGACCCUGCAGAUGAUUCAGUCAAUGGAGUAAUCACAACUAUUCCUCUGAGUCGGCAGCACAAACAGGAGGUUACCCACAAGGCUCUGCUCCUUUUUUGCUGUCUCUUCUCUUCAUUUAUCUCCUUCAUCUGUCAGUUGCUUGUGUUUCUUUGAUUUUUUUCUGAGGCAGAAUCAUAUUGGGUCUUGUUUGUAUAGGGGGGGGGGUCUUCGUCCGACACAGAAACUGUUUUAAAUGAUAUGCCCAUGUUUUAUGUGUCUCCACCAUGAAUUCGGGAGGGGUUCAAGUGCCUGCAAUAUCUUUUCUCCACAUAUGCAAAUUUGAUAAUAUCCCAUAAUGCAUGUUUAUUAUUUCUGUUGUGUAAUUAUUGUUUGUGUGCCCCCUCUGCCACGAGGAUUCUUCCCAUAAAUCUAUUGUUUCAGGGGAUUUCUUUUUUUUUUUUAUCUUGGGAGAAAUGAGCUAUAUAUUCUUAUUGUUUCAUUGUGUUUUUAUGACCAUCCCUCAUUGUAUUUUAUUAUCCACAACACGGUACUAUGGUGGUAAAAAAAUGACUAAUAUGUAAGCACAGUGCAAUUUUCCUUUUUACAACAGUGUGUCAUUAAGAGCUGUUUCUGCCAUUCUCUGUACAUACAAUAUCAUUUUUUUUUUCAAUGAAUAAAUUGAGGGUGGAUU